UUUCUGUCUCUUCUUUGUUAAGGUUCAUCAUGAAUGAGAAAUGGGACACAAAUUCUUCAGAAAACUGGCAUCUCAUCUGGAGUGUCAAUGACACAAAGGAUCAUCUGCACUCAGAUAUUAAUAUUACCUAUGUGGACUACUAUCUCCACCAGCCUCGAGUGGCAGCAAUCUUCAUUAUUUCCUACUUUCUGAUCUUCUUUUUGUGCAUGGUGGGAAAUACUGUGGUUUGCUUUAUUGUAAUGAGGAACAAACAUAUGCACACAGUCACUAAUCUCUUCAUCUUAAACCUGGCCAUCAGUGAUUUACUAGUUGGCAUAUUCUGCAUGCCUAUAACACUGCUGGACAAUAUUAUAGCAGGAUGGCCAUUUGGAAACACGAUGUGCAAGAUCAGUGGACUGGUCCAGGGAAUAUCUGUUGCAGCUUCAGUCUUUACAUUAGUUGCAAUUGCUGUAGAUAGGUUCCGGUGUGUGGUCUACCCUUUUAAACCAAAGCUCACUAUCAAGACAGCGUUUGUCAUUAUUAUGAUCAUCUGGGUCCUAGCCAUCACCAUUAUGUCUCCAUCUGCAGUAAUGUUACAUGUGCAAGAAGAAAAAUAUUACCGAGUGAGACUCAACUCCCAGAAUGAAACCAGUCCAGUCUACUGGUGCCGGGAAGACUGGCCAAAUCAGGAAAUGAGGAAGAUCUACACCACUGUGCUGUUUGCCAACAUCUACCUGGCUCCACUCUCCCUCAUCGUCGUCAUGUAUGGAAGGAUUGGAGUGUCACUCUUUAGGGCUGCAGUUCCUCACACAGGCAGGCAGAACCAGGAGCAGUGGCACAUGGUGUCCAAGAAGAAGCAGAAGGUCAUUAAGAUGCUCCUGAUUGUGGCCCUGCUUUUUAUUCUCUCCUGGUUGCCCCUGUGGACUCUAAUGAUGCUCUCAGACUAUGCUGACCUUUCUCCAAAUGAACUGCAGAUCAUCAACAUCUACAUCUACCCUUUUGCACACUGGCUGGCAUUUGGCAACAGCAGUGUCAACCCCAUCAUUUAUGGUUUCUUCAACGAGAAUUUCCGCCGUGGUUUCCAAGAAACUUUCCAGCUCCGGCUCUGCCAAAAAAGAGCAAAGCCUACGGAAGCCUAUGCCCUAAAAGCUAAAAGCCACAUGCUCAUAAGCACAUCUAAUCAGCUUGUCCAGGAAUCUACAUUUCAAAACCCACAUGGGGAAAACUUGCUUUAUAGGAAAAGUGCUGAAAAACCCCAACAGGAAUUAGUGAUGGAAGAAUUAAAAGAAGCUACUAACAGCAGUGAGAUUUAAAAGGAGCUAGUGUGAUAGUCCUAACUCUACUAUGCAUUAGAAAUUUAAAUACCAUUGUUUUUUGUGGCUUUGCACUUCAAUUUUUUCAAAGAAUGUUCUAAAUAAAACAUUUACUGAAAGCCCUCUCUGGCAAAAAAAAGUAAAAAUAAACAAAAAUGGUCAUAAGAUCAUAAACAAUCUUAUGUUGUAUAAAAAUAGAGUGACUUAUACAUGUUUGCAUGGAUAAAUAUAUUUCUAGAGAACA